GCCGGCUUUAAAUCAGGUUUUGUUUGGCGCUGCGAGACUGCGAUCCGGGAGCUUGUUCUUCACCUCGCCGGCGCGGCGCGCGACUCCAAGGAUGUCGUCUCUCAACGAUCUGCUCAACCUCGACAUCUCUGACACGAAUCAGAUCAUCGCCGAGUACAUAUGGAUUGGAGGGUCGGGGACGGACAUCCGGAGCAAGGGCCGAACUCUCAAGGGACCGAUUACCGAUCCCAAGCAGCUCCCCAAGUGGAACUACGAUGGCUCCAGCACCGGACAGGCCCCAGGCGAGGAUAGUGAGGUCAUUCUAUACCCCCAGGCGAUUUUCAAGGAUCCUUUCCGGGGAGGACACAACAUCUUGGUUAUCUGCGACACUUACACACCAAAGGGAGUCGCGCUCCCCACGAACAAGCGUGCGAAAGCCGCGGAGAUUUUCAACCAAAAGGCUGUCAUUGAUGAAGUCCCUUGGUAUGGAAUCGAGCAAGAGUAUACAUUGCUCCAGAAGGAAGUCAAGUGGCCACUAGGAUGGCCGCUUGGCGGCUAUCCUGGCCCGCAGGGACCAUACUAUUGCGGAACUGGAGCGGAGAAAGCUUGGGGGAGAGACAUUGUGAAUGCUCAUUACAAAGCUUGCAUCUACGCUGGUAUCCAGAUCAGUGGCAUCAAUGGAGAAGUCAUGCCGGGACAGUGGGAGUUUCAAGUCGGGCCCGUGGUUGGGAUCUCUGCUGGCGACCAGCUCUGGGCCGCGAGAUACAUUCUGGAGCGAAUCACCGAGAUUGCUAAUGUCGUGCUUUCCUUUGAUCCGAAGCCAAUCGAGGGUGACUGGAAUGGUGCCGGAUGUCACACAAACUACAGCACCAAGAGGAUGAGAGAAGAGGGUGGCUACGAGCUUAUCAAGAAGGCCAUCGGCAAGCUUGGCUUGAAACACAAGGACCACAUUGCUGCUUAUGGAGAAGGCAACGAGCGGCGCUUGACUGGCAGGCACGAGACGGCAGACAUUCAUACCUUCUCCUGGGGUGUGGCCAACCGUGGAGCAUCGGUUCGCGUUGGCCGUGACACCGAAAAGGAAGGAAAAGGUUACUUUGAGGACCGUCGUCCAGCAUCAAACAUGGACCCCUACGUUGUGACCUCGAUGAUCGCGGAGACGACCAUCCUCUGGAAUCCACCAACGGAAACAGAGAAUGUGGUGAAGCCAAUCAACAAACCAACAGCGUGAAUGAUCCAAGUUCUACAGGACGCUUCUCCAUUAUGUAAAUUCAUUUCCUAUCGUAAUCAACAUACCAAUAAUUGGCACGCGCUUGCGUAAAGAAUUUGGCGAUGGAACAAUGGGGUGCUCCACUCGCGGAGGAUUCCAAUGAUUUCAAGUGGUUUUAUUGAAGCUACGGGGAUUCCAUCACUUUCAAGAAAAGCAAACAGAUGUUUGCUCCUAGUAAUAAGCAUUAUAGACGAGAUAAUAAGUUUUGUGUUUGCAAUAAAGCCUUUUAUUCACGUU